CUAAGUAUACACACAGUGGGUUACAAAGAAUCCGUUUCAAUAUCUAAAAAUACGAUGAGUGGCUUUAGCGACGACUUGAGUGAUGAACAAGUAAAUGCGUUGGCUAUUAUGAGGGAAAAUUUGUCAGAUGUCUCGUCAAAUCCACUCCUCGAUGAUGAAUAUUUGCUCAGGUUCCUCAGAGCUCGUGAUUUUGACAUCAUAAAGGCUGAAACAAUGCUACGACAGUGCUUAAAAUGGCGAGACGAAAUCGACAUUGAAAAUCGUAAAAAUCGUGAGAUACCCGAAUUUGCCAAAUUUAUGUCGAAUUUGACUCCUAUUGGAAAAGCUAAAGACGGGACACCAGUAAUAUAUAGCAACAACGAUGGUCUAGAUCUCAAAGGAAUACUUCAAUGUUGUCAAAUAAAAGACCUGAUUUGGCUGAAUUGUCACAUGGUAGAAAAGGCCGACGCUGCAGUGAGGGCGAUCUCAAAACCAUACAAAGGCGGAACUUUUAUCGUGGAUAACAGGAAUAUCGGAACUGAUGCGUUGUCUAAACAAAGUUUAGAUCUGCAGUCUCAAAUGAACAAUAGUGAUGGCAUUUUACCAAACUACUUCCCUGAAUUUAUAAACAAAGCGAUUGUGAUAACCAAUUCAAGAGUGCUGAACAUACUAUUUAAGUUAUUCAAGGCUAUUGCUCCUAAAAAUACGUUAUCUAAAAUAGAACUCGUGAAAGAUCCAAAAGAUUUGCAAAAAUUCGUAGAUGAAGACCAACUGAUUGGUUACUAUGGGGGAACGUUGGUAGAUGAAGACGGCGACCCGAAGUUUAGCAGCAAGAUAAACUAUCCAAGUAAGAUUCCCAAAUCGUAUUACAUGGCUCCCAAAUUUGCCGAUUAUGAACUAAACUCUGAAUACACCAAAGUGGAAAUCGGGAGAGGCCAAGAAAUCAGCAUUGCUGUCGAGGUUGACACAAUAGGAUUCUCCAUCAUAUGGUUUGUGUUGAGUAAAGAUGGGGAGCUGGAAAUCGGAAUAAAUUUUAAGGCUGAAUCUGGUGAGGUUGAAACUGUGCAGCCUUUGGCCGAGGUGCACUGCCAUAUAUGCCCAGAAUCUGGAAGUAAAAUAUGUAACAAAGUUGGCACAUAUAUGGUUGUGAUAAAAAACAAUGCAGUGCUGAAAAAUAAGAGAGUGGCGUAUAAUGUUGAUGUCUUAAAAGAAGAUGGGCAGGAUGUGAUAUAGAUAUCAUAAAAGAUUAUUAUAUAAACAUUAUAAGAUGCAAUAUAUCUAUAGCAUAACAUAAUAUACCCAAUAUGUAACACAAUUCCAGAGUCAAUGCAAAGCCCGCACUGGGUGUGACAAUUUGUAUAAUAUUCAGACAUUCAUGUAUGAUGAACGAAGUGUGCAAACUGCAACCAUGCUCUGAAUGACCCUUACUCCCAUUGAUUAAAAUUGGUUACAAUCGUGCUAAUUAUUUGUAGCAACAAUAUGAGUUGGUUGGAGGUUUGGACAGAAUUAACUUUUUAUAAUAAUAAUAUACAUUAAAGGAG